AUGGAAAAUGAUCCAAUGACAGUUGCAAAAUGGAAUGCCUUAAAUAAUAGAUUUGAGAGGCUAUUCAUUGCUUAUGGAUGCUCUAUAUCUAGUUUUUUAAGAGGUUGUCGAGCCAUACUUUAUGUAGAUGGAUGUCACCUAAGCGGUCCAUAUAAGGGAAUAAUGCUAUCAGCAUAUACAUAUGACGCUGACAAUGACUUAUUUCCAGUAGCAUAUGCCAUUGUUAGUGGGGAAACAUUAGAAGAUUGGUCUUGGUUUCUUCAAAAUGUCAAAGACAUAACAAGAUCACUGGAGUUAACAAUUGUUUCUAAUCAAAAUAAUGCGAUUAUUGUUGCUGUGCAAGCUAUAUUUGGUAGUGGUGAGAGACAUGCGUUUUGCUACCAUCAUGUGAAGGAAAAUUUUAGCACAGCAUUUACAAAAAUCAAUAGAGGUAAGAGGCAUACCUCGAGCAAUAUGAAAGAUGAUGCGUUGAAAUUACUUGAUGCAAUUGCCUAUGCAAGGCAUGAGGCUGAAUUUAAUAUUGCAAUAGGGAAUCUAAGAUUGUUUUGUCCACAGUUGGCACAAUGGGUUGAAACCCAAGGGGAUAUAGAUCGAUGGGCUCAAUACAAAUUUAGAUAUAAACGAUGGGAUAAUAUCACAACUAAUCUUGCAGAAUCCUUUAAUGCUUGGAUUGUGAAAGAGAGAAAACACAAUGUUAAUGUCUUGAUUCAUGAGCAUAGAGAGAAAUUGGCAAAGAAGAUGGUCGCUAGCAAAGUGGCUAUGGGAAAUUGGAAACACGGUGUCAGGCCUAACGUUGAGGCAAAAGUUAUGGAGUAA